AAGAUCGCCUUGUGAACAAUCUAACCAUUUAGAACUUCCAAAAAUGCAGACCUUCACCCUCCUCGCUUCCCUGGCUUCCGUGGCCUUGUCCGCCCCUGCUGGACCCCUCCCUCAUGGGGUGGGCUAUCAUGCCGCCCCAGCUCCUUACCAUCCCGCCCCAGCUCCCUAUCAUGCUGCCCCUCAUCAUGGCGGCGGGGCCCCCCACCACGGUAACAAUUACAAGGACGAGCCUGCUCACUAUCAAUACGGUUAUGCUGUCCAUGAUGAUUAUUCGGGAGUCAACUUUGGAGCCAACGAGGCCAGAGACGGCUACGCCACCAAUGGUGAGUAUCACGUGGCUCUGCCUGAUGGCCGCAUUCAGACCGUGACCUACCAGGUGGCUGAUGACUACUCGGGUUAUGUGGCUGAUGUCAAGUACUCGGGUGAGCCCCACUAUGACGCCCACAAGCCCGCCCCUUAUCACGCUGGCCCUGUCCACAAACCCGCUCCCUAUCAUCCUGGACCAGUCCAUGCCCCCGCUCCUUAUCACCCGGGUCCCAGCCACAAGGCCGCCGCUCCCUACCAUGCCAGGCCCAAUCAUAAGUCUUCAUCGCCUUAUCAUGCUGCUCCCGUUUAUAAACCAGCUCCCACUUAUGGUGGUCCCAUUCAUGGUUAAACGUGAAAAUGAUCUAAUAAAUUAUUUCACUUCUU